AUGCUGCUGAAGCCCUUGUUCGCCAUCAGCACCUGCUCUUCAUCGUCAGUCGACGCCACCACUACCAUCAUCUGCCACCCUUCCAUCGCGCAUUUCGGCGUUUCCGACAUCGACGUCGACACCAGUGCUCGCGUGCACUCCCACUCGGCACUUGUUCAUCCUUGGCCUGCCCUGCUGCGCUUCUUCUCAUCCGCCACUGCACGCACAUCCAGCCGCAAAAGUGUCGGCACGACUGGCCUGCCCUACAUCGCGCUUCAUCGCCCGGCGGCCGCUCCAGCAGCUAGCAUAGCCUAG